AUGUUCUUCCAACCGAUACCAGCUAAAGAUAAAAUCACUUUCACGAAUAAAGAAGGUAAAAAGGAAACUGGUAACAAAAUCAGGUUCAGAAAUGGUUUCUGUCACGACGUUUUAACAUCGGUCGAUAUUCAAGAAAUAGUGAAAGCCGGUGGACGAAUUAUUAGAAUAUUAGAUGGUAUAGUUUACGAAGAAAAUUUUAAAACUCCACCCUAUAGAGAUUAUAUUUUAAUUUUGAGAGAUUUAAGAAAUAAAUAUAAACGAGAAGGUAAUAUCGUGGGUAGUAACUGCAUGAAAUUAUUAGGUAAUUCCUUGUAUGGUAAAUCAAUUCAGAAAGAUAUAUUCACAACUAGACAUUUAUGGAAUGAAGCAACUUUACAGGCCAACUUUGAUUCACGCGUUAAAACCUAUGAGAAAAUUAAUGAUACUCAAUAUAUUGUUGAAACAGAAAUUGAAGAAAAAGAGAUUACUAACGAAGACAGUAAAUCUACACGACUAACACCUAGUCAUUUGGGAUCAUUCGUUUUAUCUCACAGUAAAAAAAUAAUGAACAAUUUCAUUCAGGUCAUAAAUGGAUUUUAUAAACCCGAAAUAUACUAUACCGACACCGAUAGUUUGUACAUUUCAUCCAAAAAUUGGAAAAAACUAAACAGAGCUGGUUUGGUCUCCGAAAAAGACUAUUGCAAAGGUAAAAACGAUUACGGUGACGGUGGAAUUAUAUUUGGUUUAUAUUUAGCACCAAAAGUCAAAUACAACAUCGUUUUGACUUCUGAUGGUGUUUUAAAAGAAAAGAAAACGUUUAAAGGUUAUUCUAAUGAUAAGAUAAGUGUAGAAGAUUACGUUCAGUUAGCAAGCGGACAUGAUGUGUCGAACGAAUUUAAUAAACCAUGGGAAAAAAGUUUCACCAAUGGAGUAGUUAUUCCAAAUGAUAAACAAACUAAAGUUUUUAGAAGUUAUUUGAAUAAUGUUAAAAGAAAACCACCAAACAGUGAAGGAAUUAUGUAUCCUUACAAUGACGAAGAUGAGUAUAGUUUUGACGAAAACUAUGAAUUUGAUGAUUUCGAUUAUCUUUCUAAUCAAGAAGAGAAUGAAGAUUGUUUUAAAUGA